AUGAAGCAUUACCGGGAGGUUUUACAGAAGGAGUUUAAGCGAUAUCAGCAGCAGGUUAUCCAGGAAACAGAACCGGUUGAUAACCAAGCAAUCUUUGAUCCUGCUGAAAAUGAGCUUGAGCUAUUAUGGCUUACAAAAGGUAAUCCUCGGGUCUUCUGGAAGGAGCAUGAGCACGAGUAUCCAGUUCUUGCAAAGAUUGCACGAGAUAUCCUCUCAGUUCCUGCGAGUGGCGCUGGUGUUGAGCGGCUUUUAAUUGUGCUCGUGAUGUCUGUCACUAUCUUUGAUCUUGAACAAAGCGAGCUAGAGAUGAUUAAAGAGUAUCUCUCUGUCGGAGAGGCUGCUAUGCUUGAUCAGACAAGACAGCCUGUUCCAUCGCUUAAUGAACUCGAACCAAUUAGUGAUAAUGAAGAAGAGGGUUGCGAAGCAGAGGAUUUAUCUGAGGAUGAUACAGAUGAAUCUGAUAACGAGGCAGAAGAAGGGUUAUCUACCACGCAGCCUGUAGCUCAAACUAAGCAGGUACAACGGAAGCGGUGCCGAAGUAACAGCUCUGAGGCUAUAGAUGAUGCUGAUAAUGGUCUCCCACUUCCCGAUAUGCCAAUUGAGAAGACGCAGGCGCGGUCAGGGGAGGGUUCGGAAGAGGCCUAA